UACCAACCUCCCCUCCAGGCUUGCACAGGUAUAUCGGCUCCUCCCCUCCAGGCUUGCACAGGUGCACUGGCUCCUCCCCUUCUGUCUUGCACAGAUGUACUGGCUCCUCCCCUUCCGUCUUGCACAGAUGUACUGGCUCCUCCCCUUCAGUCUUGCACAGGUGCACUGGCUCCUCCCCUUCAGUCUUGCACAGGUGUAUCAGCUCCUCCCCUCCAGGCUUGCACAGGUGCACUGGCUCCUCCCCUUCUGUCUUGCACAGGUGUACCG